UAACCUGACGUGGGUGAGGAAGUCGGGCUGGUUCCCCGGCGUCUUCGACCCCGCUACCCCCCCGGUCUCCCCCUUUUCCCCCGGGGCGCGGCCCCGAGACCCCCGAUCCCGCCAUGCUCGACUUCUUCACCAUCUUCAGCAAGGGCGGCCUGGUGCUGUGGUGCUUCCAAGGCGUGCGCGGCCCCGCGGCGGCCUGCACGGCGCCUGUGAACGCGCUGAUCCGCUCGGUCCUGCUCCAGGAGCGAGGUGGCAAUAACUCUUUCAACCAUGAAGCCCUUACGUUAAAAUACAAGCUGGACAAUCAAUUUGAACUUGUCUUUGUGGUUGGAUUUCAGAAAAUUUUGACUUUAACCUAUGUGGAUAAGUUGAUAGACGAUGUCCAUAAGGAGUUCAGAGACAAAUAUCGAAAUGAGUUUCAGCAGAAGGGAAGUCUUGGAAUUCUCAAUGGCACUUUUGAUUUUAAAGAAGAAUUUUUACAUCUCCUACGGGACGCAGAGGAGAGCAGUAAAGUCAAAGCUCCUGCUGCCAUGAAGACGUUUGAACAGUCAGAAAAGUCCAAAAAAAGUGUGAAGUCGAUGAUAGAAACUCGAGGGGAGAAACCAAAAGAGAAAACUAAGAAUAAGAAAAACAAAGGUUCCAAAAAAGAAGCUCCAGGAGGUGAAGCAGCCCCAGUCCCCAAAGCAGCCCCAGUUGUUAAGCAGGAACCUCCUGUUGCAGCUGGGGACAGGGAGGAAUUGUCCAAGGAUGAGAUCUUGCAGAAGAACCGGGAGGAAUUCUUCAGGAAACGCAUGAAAGGAGGAGAGAAAUCCAACAAGUCCCCAAAGCAGGAUGCUCAGAAGGACAAGGGAAAGAAGCCCAGAGUGUGGGAUCUGGGGAACUCUAAUGCCAAAGUACUUGAUUAUAGUAACUCCACUACCAACGGAAAUGCAGACACUUGUCCUAUGGAGGAGUAUGAUGCAGAUAUGAUUAUCGGGGAUCGCGAUCAUGAGCCUGGCCAUCUCCGUGACCUUGAAUAUGAGAGUGAAGAGGAAGCUGAAGAAGAGGAAAAGGUGGCUCAGAACUCCUCCAGCACAAGUGCCAAGAAAGGCGGCCUUGGAGGCAUGUUUGGGAUGCUGAAAGGCCUUGUGGGCUCUAAAAGCUUAACCAGAGAGGACAUGGACCCUGUCCUCGAGAAGAUGAAGGAUCACCUGAUUACUAAAAACGUUGCUGCUGAGAUAGCUGUCCAGCUGUGUGACUCUGUUGCAAAGAAGCUGGAAGGCAAAGUGAUGGGCACCUUUACAACGGUGACCUCAACCGUGAAGCAGGCCCUUCAAGAGUCUCUGGUGCAGAUCCUACAGCCCCAGCGCCGCGUGGAUGUCUUGCGUGACGUGAUGGAUGCCCAGCGUCACCACCGCCCUUACGUCAUCACUUUCUGCGGCGUCAACGGAGUUGGGAAGUCAACCAACCUGGCCAAGAUUUCUUUCUGGCUGAUUGAAAACAAGUUCAGUGUUCUCAUUGCUGCCUGCGAUACGUUCCGGGCUGGAGCUGUGGAGCAGUUGCGAACGCACACGCGCCGCCUGAAUGCUCUGCAUCCUCCAGAGGAUCACGGCGGACGCACCAUGGUGCAGCUUUAUGAGAAGGGAUAUGGGAAGGAUGCGGCCGGCAUUGCCAUGGAAGCCAUUUUGUACGCACGCAACCAAGGUUUUGAUGUGGUCUUGGUGGACACGGCGGGCCGUAUGCAAGACAACGCUCCCUUAAUGACAGCCCUGGCUAAACUCAUUGCGGUCAACACCCCCGACCUCGUCCUGUUUGUGGGCGAGGCCUUGGUGGGAAACGAGGCUGUCGAUCAGCUGGUCAAAUUUAACAAGGCCCUCGCUGAUCACUCUGCGACUCAGACCCCACGCCUCAUCGACGGAAUAGUGCUAACCAAAUUUGACACCAUAGAUGACAAGGUCGGUGCUGCGAUCUCCAUGACGUACAUCACUAGUAAACCCAUUGUGUUUGUGGGCACUGGACAAACCUACUCUGACCUGCGUAGCCUUAAUGCCAAGGCUGUGGUUGGUGCUCUCAUGAAGGCCUGACCACUAGUUAGGGCACCAAAUUCCUGUCUGCAGUUGUCUCAGAAUGCGCUUUCCAACGUGACCGUCUUAGAACCCUUUUCGAUUUUUCUCCCUUUCUUUUUUUGGCAUCGUGCAACACAGAAUGGGAGGGAAGCUGGAAGGAGGAGCUGCUCUCUUGCCUUCCGGUCCUCCUCUUGGUUUCAUUCGCUCACACCUUCCCCUUUUAAGUUUAGCAAGAGGCGCCCGUCCAUUUUCAGUUCCGUUCCCCUUAUUUGAAAUGAACUACGCUUGUCCUGCUGAGUGGUUCUAAGGAGUUUGGGGCUGGGAGGGGAGGGAGAAACCUUCUCCAGCGUUCUUUGGCUGGAGCAGCUGCAAGGCCAUCUCCCCCCUGUCCAAGGAACCCUCUUACCAUUCUCUCGCCACUCCUGCCUGCUUGAGCCCGAGCCCAGAGCUUUCUAUUGUUCAUCCCCAUUAGUGGGUGCCAUGCAAACUUUGCCGGGGUUGCUCUGCACCCAUGAACUCUGCCGUAUUUAAAACUCACUCUCUCUCGGACCUGUGCAGCUGCUUCAGAUUACGUUUUGGUGAUGCCGAAAGCGUGGCAGCGUUUGUCUCGGCAAUAGGGCUGUUUCCAGGCAUCUCCGGCUGCCGAUACGACGCUGCCCAGUGUCCGUUUUAAAUGAAUCGAGCUGCAUCCCUGUGGCUUCCUUCGGGCGCAGCAGCUCCUCAAAGCUUUCAGGCCAAAACCAGAAUGCAAACUGAGAGGCAGGCGGCGGAAGGCCUUCUUGGACUGUCAGCGAGGCGCUUCACACCAAAGCUCUCCAGGCCCUGUAGUGUGUGUCCCCCCACCCCCAAAAAAGUGCAGGAACCUGCAAUGCUAUUUCUAAUCGCACCUUUGCAACGGAGGGCAUCCCUUCUGCUUUCCUAAUGACGUCUCUCCACCUGGUCAGAAAGCUGCUUCUCGUUGCAUCUUUUUUUUUGUGUGUGUGUGUCAUUUGUUUUUUUGUGGGGCUGAGUCCAGGCCAACGGUUACGACUGCUGUGCUUUUCGCUGCGACGCCAUCGGGCCCUUCUUGCGUUGCGCUUGUCUGAGCGGUUUAUGAUGAGCACGGGCUGUCAUUUUGCACAAUACCCCCCCACUCAAGCUGCGCAUGCAAACUUGAAGCUUGUGCUCAUGGUGAACGUGGCAGACAAUCCCUUUGCCAUAUCCCCCCCCCGUCCCCCCAAAACAGGGUCAAAUCCAAACCAGGUAAAACAAACAUCUGGCUACAAAAAGACUUGGUUAUGUGGAUUAACUUUAUGCUGCUAAAUGUGUCCUUAUUAGACCAGGAGUUGGGUGUUUUCUGCACCCAGUGACUCUUCUCCCUUCUUACACAGAACCCAGUUCUAUGAUUGGGUUUGCACAGUCACCGCAGCCCAGCAUGGCUUAUUCAAGCCACGCUGGGUCAUGGCUUUCGAAUAUUCAAGCCGUCAACUGUGCCUUAUCAUGUCGUCCAAACCCAGUGAGGAUGGCUUGCUGGCAUGGUUAACCAAACACCCAGGACCCCUGAGCUGUUUUAUGGUUGUGGGCGGCUUGUUAACCAUCCCAACAACCCACCCUUGCGAGGCUUGGGUGAUGCAACAAGCUACGGUCGCAGUUUGAAUCGUCAAAAUGGUGACUCGCAUACGCCGCAGCGCACCAUGGCUUAAUUAAGCCACGGUGGGUUGCUUGAUCCUGCAAACUGGCCCACGAACUCUGCCUCACCUCUUGUCCUUUUUUUUCUGUCUAAUCAUCAGAGGUCAGAAUCAAACUGUUCAACUCGAGCCUUUGCAUGCGCUCCUGCCGCGCUGGCUUUUGCUUUUCCAAACCAGUCUGUGAAAAGGAAUGUUCCGGUGGGGAUAAUACUGGUGGUCGCUUGCUGCUUUUUCUGCCCCCUCCCCUCCCCCUCUCCCUCCAGAGUGCCUCUUGAUCCUGGUAUAAAGUGCUAUGUUGAAUAAUACAAAACUUUAUGAAGAUGUCUUGUAGCUCGGUAUUGCAGAUGUGCUCUAGUGCAAUAAGUUGAAUGCUGUCUGCUAAAAAGAAAUUUAUAUAAUAAAAUUUCAUUUUAAAAACCA